UGCUUAUCUCCGGGCUGUCACAGACGUAGUGUGUCAUAUUCCUGGGGACUACCUUUCAAAAGCCACCGGCUCCAGUGUGAGAGCAUCAGCCGACGGGAGCGCAGAAUCACUGCUAACUUUCAGCGGCUGUCAAAACAUAAAUGUCACACUCACAUCUCAGAGCAGCUGAAGAGAAGCGUGUGCAGUAAUCGGAGCCCGCGGGGACCUCGCAGAACAUCCUAUUUAUUACAGGCCAAACCAACAAAGAUGGAGUCCGACAGUGAAGAGAAUCGGAGUUUAAUCUGUGAUGGAGUUCUGCCUGACUGCAUCGCUGAGUCGCACAGCUUGUAUCCCGGAGCGGGUAAGAAGCGUGCGGCGGCGGAAGGGGUGCGCGGGGCCCCGGUCAACAAGAGGAAAUCUCUCCUAAUGAAGCCCCGGCACUACAGUCCCAGCCCCUGCUCCAGUGAGGGGGAUGUCGAGCAAGACCUGGCAACUGCUCAGGAUAAAGACGCGCCCAGGAACACUGACACUCCAGCAGAUGAGGAUCUCAACGGUGGUGAUGUCCUGGAUGAUACUGUCUAUCACAACACAAAGCCCCUCACUGUGUUGUCAUGGUCAGAACAAGCAAGCGAGGGUUCACCAGACCUGGUCUCUCAAAUGUCCGAACACCAGAUCGACCAUGAAGAUGAAGACCGCAACCAGGACUUUGAAUACAAAACCCAGAUGGAGAUCAGAGCCGGCUAUCAUCUGUCCUCAGAACGAGACGAGGAAGAAUGGGGCAGUCCUCCAUCCCUGACCAAGGUCAACGGCAUCCAUCACAGCCCUAGUCCACCUGCGGACGAUGGCCUUAUAAAGAGACUCCGAAUAGGCCACCAGCUCCAUGAAGAUGGUAUUUCUGCCUACAUCAACAGAAACAGCGCAGGGGGAUUGAUGGAGGAGUACGGUUGUCCGAGAGAACUCAGCGACAGCGAGGAGGAGCUCCAGACGCCCAGGAUGGAGGAGCGAGGAGGUGUUUGGGGUCCAGGUAUGGUGGCCAGACGUCUGGAGUUGGACAGGGCCCGACUGAACCUCAGUCUUCUGGAGCAGGCUAUGUUACUGCAGUCUGAACAUAGACAAGUCCUCCAUAGUGCCUAUAAGGACAUGGACCGCUUUUUCCUCGAGCAGAUGAACCAUGAAAGGAGGCAGCAGAGGAUGCUGGAGAUGGAGGGCCGGAGCCUGUAUCACGGCAACAAAGAUUCCCCUCGGACGGAAAAGAAAGACAUCAAAUGCCCGACCCCGGGCUGUGACGGGACGGGUCACGUGACCGGCCUCUAUCCACAUCACCGGAGCCUGUCGGGAUGCCCGCACAAAGUCAGGGUGCCCCCGGAGAUUCUCGCAAUGCAUGAAAAUGUCCUCAAGUGUCCGACACCCGGCUGUACAGGCAGAGGUCACGUGAACAGUAACCGCAGCACUCACAGAAGUCUCUCGGGCUGUCCGAUAGCGGCGGCUGAGAAGAUCGCCAGACCGCAGGAGGAGCCGGUGAAGUGCAGACAGACACCAGAGAGAAUGUCCAGACCUUUAGGAAACCUGAAGAAGUUUGACUUUGCGUACCGAUUUGCACAUCCCAUGGCAGCGUUACAGGCGGGCAUGUCCAAAGACAUGGAAAAGUUCAGUAAAGGCCGCUUCGACUACGCCAGCUUCGACGCCCAGGUCUUUGGCAAGCAGGCGUCCGAACAGACCCGCGAGUCCUCACACUUCUCUGACUCCUCUGUACAAUAUUCCUGUUUUCUGGGUCCCGCCGGUCACAUGCUCAUGCCCGGAGACAACAGCCCCGUUCUCAACAAAGCCCAAAGCGACAGCCUCCAGUCCAACAUCACGUCCGCAUCCAUUCUCAACCUCUCCACCCGUUGCCGAGACAACGACGAGGCCCUGCCCCCCGGCCGGCCCCUGGCAUCAUCCACAAAGGAUUCCCUCAUCGAGGUAGAUGAGAACGGGACGCUGGAUCUGAGUAUGAAGAAGAAGCGAGAGAAAGCGAGGGACUCUCCUGUGAUGCCAGCGUUAGGAGAUGUUCUUUUUACCCCUCCUGAAGCGGCAGGUCUCCAGAUCUCCCCUGCCAUCUACCGCGUCCUCUAUGAGCAGGACACCUGGGACAUGCCGUUAAACUUCAGCAAAACAACCGUCCCGCUGGACAAAGAGAUGGAUCUCUUGGAGAAGGCGACACAUGAGGACAAAGUUUACAAUGGUGACCCAAAUAUGACAAGUGCAAAGAACAAGAUGCUCAUGAGAGACACCAAGAAAGAGUUAAUGAGUUGUCCGACUCCGGGGUGUGACGGCAGUGGUCAUGUGACCGGAAAUUACGCCUCACACAGAAGCGUAUCUGGCUGCCCAUUGGCUGAUAAGACCCUGAAGUCGCUAAUGGCUGCCAAUUCUCAAGAGCUCAAGUGCCCAACUCCCGGGUGUGACGGCUCAGGUCAUGUGACAGGAAACUAUGCGUCUCACAGGAGUCUGUCGGGUUGCCCUCGUGCCAGGAAAGGAAGCUUGAAGCUCACGCCAAGCAAAGAGGACAAAGAGGAAUCGGAGAUGAAGUGUCCGGUGGCAGGUUGUGAUGGGCAGGGUCACGUGUCCGGCAAAUAUACGUCGCAUCGAAGCGCCGGAAGCUGCCCCAUCGCUGCCAAACGUCAAAAGGAGAUUUCGAUGAACGGAUCGGCGUUGUCGUGGAAACUGUGUAAACAGGAACUUCCUCACUGUCCGCUUCCUGGAUGCAACGGAUUGGGUCACGCCAACAAUGUGUUUGUUACGCACAGGAGUUUAUCAGGAUGUCCCCUGAACGCCCAGAGUAUCAAAAAAAAACUCUCAGAUGAAGAGAUGAUGACCAUCAAACUCAAAACCAGCAGCGGUGUUGAAAACAAUGAGGACAUGCAACACUUGGAUCAUGAGAUCAAGGAACUAAAUGAAUCGAAUCUAAAGAUAGAAGCAGAUAUGAUGCAUCUUCAGACUCAGAUCUCGUCCAUGGAGAGCAACUUGAAAACUAUUGAGGAAGAGAAUAAAAUAAUCGAGCAGCACAACGACAGUCUGUUGAAGGAGUUAGCGCGCCUCAGUCAAGCUCUCAUCAACAGCCUCAAUGACAUUCAGCUUCCACAAAUGGGUCCGAUCAACGAACAGAACUUCGAAGCUUACGUGAACACGCUGACGGAUAUGUACAAUGAUUCCCAGCAGGAGUAUUCUCCCGAAUGCAAGGCCUUGUUGGACAGCAUCAGACAGGCCAUAAAGGGUAUUCAUGUAUAAGGCCAAACAAUCUCUCUCACCACGCUUUGAUGUGCGGCAGAGGGCUGGUUCUGUGAUCUAUAUAUAUAUCUAAAUUAAAAACACAUUCACAUGCACUGAGAAAUACCAGCCACAUUUUUAACACUAAAUGACUUCACGUUGACACGUUUCUUUUAUUCGUGAGAUUUGACCUCCUUUGCACUUGUUUAUUUCCUAAGGUUUGCUUGACUUAAUUCCGUACGUGUUCUUUUGUGUAUUAUUAUAUGAUUGCUACAUAUCGUCUUUAUUCAUGGGUACUAUUUAUCAAACAGUAAUCUUAUUUAUUUAUUUAUUUAUUGUUGUCGCUGCAAUUCCACAAUGCAAGGCCGAUCUUACGUAUUGUGCAUUUGGUUUUGAGUUUCUCUGCAUUUGUGCACUCACUGGGAGUUUUCAAUGGUUCAGAACAUGUCACCUACAUGUGAUGCCUUUUGUAUUAAUGACUGAUGUCAAAUGCAAGCAAAGCCCACUGACUCCACCUGCUGGUGAACAACUGUUAUUGGUCCAUCACGGCAGUAUGCACCCCUAAAAGUUAUAUUUUUAAACAUAUUGCCACUAAUUCAAAAUUGACCUCAUUUGUAUUCUAAAAAAAUCCUUUAUCUAAAUUCACCAAUCAUUGUACAGGACCCUUGGCCAGAGCGAAAAUCAAAAUCAUCAGCGCUGAAGAGAAAAGAAGUCAUGUUUAUGAUUUAUUUGCGUUUCUAUUUCUAUGAACUGCCUUCGGUGUGCACAUCCGUGUGCAUAUAUGUGCCUAAAUGUAAAUGAGUACAUGAAGUAUGAUAUGUUUAGUAGUAGAACAGUAUUAUGUGAACGGUGAUUCUUUUCAUUCUGCAGUAUAUUUAUUUUCUAAAUGAAAAGCCUCUAAACUCUGUUUACCUGCUGUUUAUACACCAUUUUAAGUAUGUGAUGAACUAUUCUUGUGAAAUGGGGGUCAGGUGUUUUAUGAUUUGACUUGAAAAGGGUUUUUUCUUCUCUGUCACACUGAACCCAAACGUUUGGCUUUUUUUGUCAGACAAACAGUGGAUCUCUGAAAAAUGUUCAUUUUGGUUUGUUAGUGAAACUUUUUGCAGCCAUUUUUCAAAGCACUAUAUUUAUUAUUUAUUCAAUUUUGUAUGGUUGUACGAAUAGGGCCUAAGUUAUAUUGCUGCUGUUCUACGUCACACUCAAUCUCUGUUGACCUAAUCGGUGCAAACUGUGUUUGGUUUUAUGGAUUGAAUUUGAGGUCAAUCCUUUACCAAAAACUGUCAAAUACACGUGUUUCUACCAAAACACCACAAUUUCAAUUAUUAAUGUCAUUAAAAAACAUAAGAAAUUAGAAAUCCUAUUCAAACAAGUACUCUUACUGUCAUUUUAAAUUCAUAUUAAUUUAUUUUACUUUCUUAACCAAGUUAAAUGGUUUUAUUUUGGGUAGUACUCUGAUAUCUUGACAGAAACUGUGGCUCUAUUCAGAAAUGUCUUUUGCCCACUAAUAAUUCAGGGGAUUCAAGGCUUAUUCACAAUUUUUAAACAAUGACAAAACUGUAAUAUUUUAAGUAAUGACCACUGGAUUUGUGUUAGUUCAUUCUAGCUGAAGUGAGCACUGUUACUGGAGGCGUUUCUUAUUUUAUUACCACAAACAGCCUCAUGGUCGCAGCACUUUUAAAACGUUCUCUGAAAACCGAUUUUAUCCCUUUGCACUUUUUAAUGUUAUUUUAGUGUUUCUUUUGAGUUCACGGGUUACAAACAUGCUUUAUCAGUUAUCACUGAUGAGGCUUUUAGUGUAACCUAAUUUAACAUCUUCUUUUGAUGAUGCAGAAAUUGGUCAUUAAAUUUACAGUAGUACAGUGAGAAUAAACACUCCAUUAUCUGACCAAAUGAACAUAAUGAGUCGUGUUCUCCAUAAAGUGAAUCAAAUCAUUUCUAAGAUCCUACAUUUAUUUUAUUCAAUUCUGUUAAAUUAUUUUUUAUUUAAAAAUCUUAAUUUAUAAACCACAGAUUGUUUGCUCAGGAAGUUUUGCGAGUAAUAUUUAUUUUUUUCCUUUUUGUAUUUGAUGUUUUGUAAUGUGCUAUGAAUUUUUUGUGUGUACAAGAAAACAUUGUAUGAAACAAAGUACUGUAAAUGAUUUAGUUUGUUUUUGUUUUCAAGAAAUGUUUGUUUGUUUCAGUUGGAGUAGUUUGUAUAUCAGGAUUUCCUUACACUUUUAAAGAUUUCAUAAGCAGUACUGGGCUGUGUUGUACA